AUGUUUUAUCAUCGAAGUGACGUCUUUUUGACUUGUUUUUCCCUACGCAUGAAAAGCUUGAGCGAAACAAUAUUUGAUCCUAUACAGAUGGUACACUCAGUUGUUUUAACAGGUUCCACAGGUUAUCUUGGUAUCCAUUUAUUGUCUGAUUUGAUACAUCAGGAAAAUAUUGAUCAAAUAAUAUGUGUUACCAGAAAUAGCGAUCAUGAUGCAUUUUGGCGAACUAUUCAAUCACAAAUAGAUGCAUUCAAAGUUCCUCUUGAUAUUUCAGAAGCCAAAUCAAAAGUCGAAGUUGUUACUAUUGAUCUUGUCAAUAAACAUGAUUCAAUCAAACCAAUUCUCGAUCAAUAUAAAGAAACUGUUAAAUCAGUUCAUCAUCUGGCAUGUGAUACGGCAUAUGGUAAACCAAUAGCAUAUUUUCAACCGUGGAUUAAUUGUACGAAAGCAUUAGUACGAUAUUGUAUGGAUCCUGAGUAUCCUAAACAUCUUUAUGCUGUUGGAAGUUAUGGACAACGUUUAAUGGACGAUCUGCCUUCUGAUUGUGAAGAAGAUUUCUAUUGGAUUAAUGGUUAUUUUCAAUAUAAGAGAUGGUUGUAUAAUUAUAUGCAAGCUAAAAUGGAUGAAGGUCUCAAAGGUACACUCUUUGAGCCACUUUAUAUCAUUGGUGCAACUGACCCAGGUCAAGCUUAUGCAGUUUGGCGUAUUUCUCGUAUGUUCGCUACGUUAGGCUAUGCCUUCGAAUACGCCAUGGGUUUUACACCAAUUGAAAUGUUGCUUGAAAAUUAUAUGUUAACAUUAAAUCAUCCUGACAAAGUCGGACGAGUUAUGGCUCCAUUUAUUCCACAUCGUAUAUAUGUGAAUAGAGCAUUGAAGAAACUUUUACCGGACUUGAAGGUAAUUGAUUAUGAAGAAUUUAGAAAUCUUGUUCGAAAGACCAUGCCGAAGAAUUUGAAAUAUUUUGGACCAAAUAUUACCAAUAUUAUUGAAUCGUUGAAAAUAGAUGCUACAUUUCAUCCGUUAUACGAUGCCUCAAAGUUCAUCGAAGGAGGUCAAGAAGAUUAUCUUCUUACAUGUUCAGGUCUAGAGGAAGCUGUUAAGUUAGGAUUGGAAGAUAGAAAAAAAUUCGAUCAUAUUGAUAAGAAAAUCGUUCAGUAA